AUGGCCUCAUGCUUAGACUACAUUAACAGAUUCCUUGUCUUCGUCUUAGCAGGCCUCCAAGCCCACUCGCUGGCUUUGUAUCGUGCAAAAUACAAACAAAAAGAUGGUUUUUAUGGAUUGGUCGCCCUGUACGCUCCUGCAAUUGUUCUAAGGCUUUACAUCAUGUUCGACGACAAGAAAUUGCAGCGGUUAUUUGCUGUUUGGACUUGCUUUAUCGUUCCUUUCGUGACCUUCGUUGUGAGCAUAUUUGGAGAUGACAAAAAGAUUAAAGAUAACCUUGACAAAGCGAAAUUCUUCGGUCCAAACAUUCGAAAGACGACACUUAGCCUUGCCCUGGUGAUUGUGUGGUUGCUUUCAAGUGCGGAAAGGGAUUGCAUCUUCUACCGAGACCUGAUCUGGCAGUUGUCUCUCCGAAUGGCGUUGGAUCUCUUCGAUGGAGUGGAAAUGCUGGAUGUCAUUAUCGAAGAGAAUGAAUAG